UGGGGAGGUUAGGGGGUGCUGGUAAUGUUCCUUGUCGGGUAUCAGUUAUCAACUCUUAAACCCUCGAACUUUCUCCUGAAAAUUUUACCCUACACCCUAGUGUAGGGUGUGUUCCCUACACCCCCCCUAUGCUACGUCGUUUUGUAGCUGGUAUUGAGUUCUCAUGUGCAGCUUCUUUCCUUUUGCGAUUCUUUCCUUUUUUUUUUUUUUUUUUUUUUCUUUUUUUCUUUUUUUCUUUUCUUCCUCUUUUUUCCUUUUUCCUUUGAUUCUUAUUAUUCAAUUUAUGUAUAUAUAUGAUUUUAAACCCUAUUUUUUCUCUCUCUUCAAUUGAUCAACCAACCUCCAUUUUUGAUCUACAUUUUUCUCUCGCUAAUUCAUCUUCUUCAUUUGAUUUUUUGAACGAAUUCGUUAAUUGUUACCGAUCAUCAAUGGCGAAUUCUGCAUCUGGAGAUUGCGUUGAUUUUGAUCGCGAUUGCGAGCGUGUGUUUCCUUCUGGACUUCGUUUCGUUGAUUCGUUUGUGCAACAAUUGGAAAAAAAUGAUGAUAUUAUGUAUUUAGAAGCAGAACAGUCUGAAUUAAAGGAUAAAGAAUUUAAAUCUGAAGAUGAAGCUUUCGAAGCGUAUAAUGAAUAUGCUUUUAGGAAAGGUUUUGGAAUUCGAAUUGGGAAGAGUAAGAGAAGAAGAGAUGAUUCUUUUUUGAUGAAAAGAUUUGUUUGUUGUAAUGAGGGAUUCAAAGAUAAUAAGUGUAAGAAUAAAAGGAUUUAUGAGAAGUUGGAUCAUCGAACUGGUUGUUUAGCUUUUGUGCAGUUUCAUAUUGAUCAUUUAGGGGUCUAUACAUGUACAAGACAUGAAAUGGUUCAUAAUCAUGCUAUGAUUCCUCCUGAAAAAAGGCAUUUGAUAAGGUCUCAAAGAGAUGUGAAUAAAGAGCAGCUUCUUUUCAUUUCAACAAUGAAAUUGAGUGGAGUCAAAGUUACUGAUUCUUUGAGGGUUCUAAAGAAGGAGGUUGGGGGAUCUCCUAAUCUUUGUUUUACUGCUUCUGAUGCUUAUAAUGCAUUGUCAUCUGAAAAAGCUGCCCAAAUUGAAGGAUGUGAUGGUAACCAAUUGAUUAAAUAUUUUGCCAAGAGACAUGUGGAUGAGACAGAUUUUUAUUAUGAUUUUGAACAAGAUGAUAGUGGUGCUUUAGUUAGUUUUUUUUGGCGUGAUGGUAGGAUGAUGAGAGAUUAUCAUUACUUUGGAGAUUUGUUGGUUUUUGAUACAACUUAUAGAACUAAUAAAUAUGGAAUGAUAUGUGCUCCAUUUGUUGGGAUGAACCAUCAUGGUAACAAUGUCAUGUUUGGUAUGGGUUUUAUUCUUAAUGAGCGCACCGAGUCUUUUGAUUGGUUGUUUGAUACAUUUUUGCACUCAAUGGGGAGGAAAAGUCCCAUUACAAUUAUGACUGAUCAAGCACAAGCGAUUGCAGCGGGUAUAAGAAACAUUUUUCCUUCAACUGUUCAUCAUCGUUUAUGUGUAUGGCAUCUUGAACAAAAUUCUAAGAAACACAUUGGAGCAUUGAGAGCUUUGGAAGGCUUUACAGAUUUGUUUGGAUAUCUUUUGAAGUAUUGUGAAACUCCUGCUGAAUUUGAAUAUUUCUGGAAAAGGAUGUGUGAUAAAUACAAAUGUGAAAAUGAUGAUUGGUUAUGUGAUUUGUAUAAAAUAAAGGAAAUGUGGUGUCCUGCUUAUUCUAAGAAGUAUUGGUCUGGUGGUAUAUUGUCUUCUCAACGUAGUGAAACUACUAAUAAGUCAGUUUCACAACGUCUUAAUAAGACUCAAGGUUUAUGUGAUUUUUAUCAUGUUUUUCUUGAUGUCAUUUCUGAGUGGAGAAGUAAGGAAGGUGCAAGAGAUUACAAUACUCUGAGGGGUAAUAGGCACCUAGCUUUUGCUAAUAUUGGUAUAUUAGUUCAUGCAAGAUCAUUGUACACUAUUCAAGCUUAUGUUCUUUUUGAAGAGGAGUUCAUUAGGGGGACAGCUUAUGAUCAUGUUGAUAAUGGUUUGCGUUUUCCAGAAUAUUCAUAUCUUCUUUGGAGGCCUGGGAAGGAUAUAAUUAAGCAUGAAGUUGUUUUUAAUAAGGAAACACAUGCAAUUUGUUGCACAUGCAUGUACUUUAGUGAGACUGGUUUACUUUGUUCUCAUUCUCUUCGAGUAUAUCAUUUGCAUUGUGUGCGUAAUAUUCCACAAGAGUAUAUAAUGAAACGAUGGACAAAGGCUGCCAUGUGUAGUCAUGGUAUUGAAGAACCUACUUUGAGGACAAAUGUUGUGGCUACUAGUGUUUGGAGGUCACAAACAAUCAGAAAGUUUGUUAAGUUGAUAACAAGUUGUCAGAAUUCUUUGAAUGCAAGGGCAGAGGUUGAGUGUUAUUUCAAUCUGUUAAAAGAAAAGGUUGAGAGUGUAUCAGGUGUAAUUGACUUUAGUGAACCUGUUAAAGAGGUUGAAAUUGUUGAUCUUGAGAUCAAGAAUCCUCCAAAAGCUAGGCCUAAAGGUGAGAGGAAUGUAAGGCCUAAGAGUACCUUGGAGAAGCAGUGUAACAAGGCAAAGGGUAAUUUCAAGAGGAAAAAGUCUCUGUACACUCCUUACAAAAGGGGUAUAGGGCAAGCAGUUGUACAGGUCGGCUUAAAAUCAGCUGUUGUAGAAGAAAUUCCUUCUAGUUCUAAGGAAUCAAAUCAUAGUAUUUCCAAUGAUUUUGAUCAGGCUACUGGUGAAAGCUCUCUUUCAUCUAUCAUAUCUAUUGAUGUUGAUAUUUCAUCUAUUGCUAAGGCGAAGGAUUUAAAUCUUGAAGGUGUUUCUGCUGUUCAACCUUGUUCUAAUUUUGGUGCAAAUAAAGGUGCUUCUGGUGUUAAAACUUACUCUCAAAUUAAUCCAAGAGUUCCAAUUCAUACUAGUGCGUCAACAAAAUCUCCUGUUGUUAUUCAACCUACUGUUCCCAGGAAUGUUCAAAAUCAAACUCAGAAUUGUUCAAACACCAAUCCAGAAAUGAUCAUAUCCAACUCCAGGAAUGUUCAAUCAACAAAUGUUCAAGUUAUUUCUCCUACGGUUCAAAUAAAUGAUCAAGGAUUUCCUGUUCAGAAUGUUCAAGUUACUCCUCCCACAGUUCAAAGAAAUGAUCAAGGUGCUCGUGUUCCAAUUCUUCAAUCAAGAAAUGUUCAAUUAGGUUCUAAAAAGAUUUCUUCUAAAUAUGAUAGGUUGUUAGCCUUUUUUGAUACAAGUGUAGCUAAACGUUUGGCUAAUAAAGAUAAAUAAUUAGUAUUCCAGAACUUUAUAAA